CGAUAUUCUCAACCAAAACAAGGGAAAAUUUUAACAACUUCAGCGGUUUUUCUCCCUUUUUACAAUUGUUGUGACUGCUUGGAAGGGGCACAUUUGAAAAGAACCUCAACAUGCAGUCUGUGCAGACUAUGCAACAACGCUGAAUUUCUGCAUUGCAACCAUGUUGGCUGCAACAUUCAUCCAGGGUCUUAUGACCCCUAGAUUAUACAUACAAGCAAUAUUUUGGAUUGUCAUCUGGACUUCAAUAUGGUCCCUGUUCAGGUUCCUACGUUGGAUGAUACGACUGAACAUAACACUGAACCAGUUUCCUCAUCUGAAGAAACACUGGUGGAGGGGAUCAUUACCAGAAGGGUUCUCUGGUUUGGACCAUAAGUUCCUUCUACAUUGUCUUGAGAUGACAAAACUUCAUAAGACAGCCUAUAGUGAAUGGUAUCGUCCAUUUCUAGGAGCCGUGAUUGUAUGUCAUCCAGACACCGCCAAAGUGGUACUCAAACAUUCACAUGGAAAGGCACCAAACUAUAGGCGAUUCUUAGUGGAUUGGUUGGGGGAUGGUCUACUGAUCAGUUCAGGGCCUAAAUGGUUUCGUAACAGACGCCUAUUGACUCCAGCCUUCCAUUUCCAUAUACUCAAAGAGUACACUACAGUUUUUAACAAAGCU